UCCCGUGAAACGGAAUGGACCGCAGUUGGGGCGUAGCCCGGGCGGCCAGCCUCACUGCCUUUUUUACGGUUGUGAUGAUGAUGAACUCUGGAUUCUUCUACGUCUCCUUAAUGGAAGAAUUUGGUGUCAGAAGAGAAGCGGCCUCGUGGCCCAUGAGCGUGAUGUCUGUCGUGUCACACUCAUCAGGAUUACUGGUUUCGUGCUUGCAGCGGCACCUGUCUGUCUUCCAACUCGGCCUGAUUGGCAGCGUCUUCCUGUGGGCAGGCAUCCUGGGAGCCGUCUUCGCUCCCAACAUGGCCUGGAUGACCGUCACGCUGGGCGCAAUCCAUGGCGAGCUACGCUGCGUUAAAUUCCACAAAUAG